AUAAAAUUUGCCCUGUCCGAGAGAAGCGUCGCAGACCAGAGCUCUCCUCCAGCGCGCUUUCACGAGGGAAUACGAAGCACUGCUCUGCGCAUACCACACCGAGUCCGUAGCUGUUUUCUCCCCGGCAAGACCGUUCUCAAUUCUCCUUGCGUUCCCAGAUUCACGAAGGACCACAAAGUACGCCUUCUGCGGGGAAGAAUUGAGCAGGAAGCAAGCAGCAAGCACACCUCAAGGCCGCCAAAAGGGCCAGACUCACCCACACACCCCGCAAUCUCAGAUCUGCAGCAGCCGUGAGCAAUAUUCAUCAUGGCUGAUCAAACUGCUACAGAUCACCAACGAGCUAUGCAACAUCAACAGCAACAACAACACCAGCAAACCCGAGACUCCCUUUCUUCUUCACCAUCACGACACUCUUCGACUAAUUCAGCGCUUGAAAAUCCUGACGCUCAGGUCCUUCCACCUCCAAACCCAAAUCCUGUCCUUCAUCCCCGCUCAGUCUAUUUACGGGAUCAUGUUUCCAUUGCAACUGUGCACCCGGUUAUGCACACCUCACAGAUUCCGGCCUCGCUGAUAGCCUUCCUUUGGACUGAGGUCAAUAACGAAAUUGAGCGAGGCAACACCUAUCCUCUAGAGGAGCCGAUGUCAUUAGAGAAAUUUACUAGCUACUGGUUCGGUACUUUCGGGGCUGUCAUGUUGCUCGGUGGGAAAGAGGAGCAAACGGAUCUCCUAGUUGAGCGAGAUUGGAGCACACAGUGCCUUGGGACCUUUUACGUGAAGCCUAAUUAUCCUGGCCGCAGCUCACACAUUUGCAGUGCGGGAUUUCUAACGACAUUCGCAGCUCGAGGGAAAGGCUGUGGUAAACAUCUUGGAGAGGCUUAUCUCGAUUAUGCUCCGAAACUUGGAUAUACCUACUCGAUGUUCAAUCUCGUUUACGAGACCAACAUCGCAUCCUGCAAAAUCUGGGACAGCUUGGGGUUUAAACGAAUUGGAAAGGUCAAGGGAGCCGGCCGUCUUCGUUCAUCAAACUACUUGGUCGAUGCCAUUAUCUUUGGACGAGAUCUUAACGAUGAUGAAGACUAUGUCUCUGAUGAACGCUUUGAUAAGAUCAGAUUCUACCUUGAAAAGGGCAAAUAUCCACCCACCGCAGACCGUUCCGAAAAAUCUCGACUUCGAUCUGCGGCAACCCAUUAUAAGCUCGAAAAUGGCAAACUAAUGCUCAAGGAUAAGGAAGUAGUAUCCGACGGUCAAAUGCAAUACGAGAUUGCGAGGUCAAUUCACUGCCAGUCCCACGGUGGUAUUAACAAGACCACUGCUAGUAUCGCGGAGAAGUUUCAUUGGGUUCGGAUUAAGGAAACAGUUUCUCAGGUCAUUCGCAACUGCGCCGAAUGUAAGGAGCAUGCGAAGGCUCCUGUGGUCAAAGGAGAUCGGUUCAAUGGUUCUCCAGUCAAUUCCACCCCACCGCAACCCCAGCAGCAGCAGCAACAACCUCAGCAACCAGGACAGCAGCACCCGCACCCGCACCCGCACCCGCACCCGCAACAGCAACAGCAACAACAACAGCAAUUACCACUUUCACUCACACUACCGCAGCAGCAGCUCCAACAACCUCAAUUGCAGCAAAUCUCUCCAAACACCCAGGCCCUGCUCAUCCAGCGUCAGCAGCAGCAACAGGCAGCAGCAGCCCGCGCCGCUGCCGCACAAAUGGACAUCCCCGUCGACCCCGCUAUGAUGGAAGAUGUCCAGCACACACACCACAUUCCCCAGCAAUUCGCCCCAGUUGCAAACAUGCGCAUGGACGCCGCCCCUCCCCCACAUGGUCCCGACAACACAGCCACUGCUGCGGUUACCAUCAAUGUCAACCAGACCAUGGGUGGUACAUCCGCCCAGGCUUCCCACCAACAGCGCGCCGCCGCGGUAGCCGCCGCGAGAGCUGCGCUGAGUGAAGGUGACGUAUUGACGGAGGAGGAUAGGACCAUGCGCGACCAGCACCUGAUGGAUAGGCUUAUGGCUGAAAUGAAGAGGGAGCCCGGCCAGGAUAUGACUGUUCCAUUCCAAGGAGCUGUCGGUGUUGGAGUCGAGGACGAUGAUACCGCGGUUGCUAGGCAGCUCAGAGAAGAUAUGGAGAUCGAACGGUAAGGUGGAUUCUACCGAAUUAUUGAUCACCUCUUUUUCCCCUGAUUCCCUCCCUCUACUGUUGUUUCUUUAUCAUCACUAGCGCUACAAACACUGCUUUUUUAACAUUCUCUUUGUUUUAUGAUCGCUUUUACACGACGUAUGCAUUGGGAACCAGCCAUACAGGGCGGGUGAGAAUUGGCGGCUGUUAUAUCGGUUCUACUGACACUCCUCGCGGGGGCGGGGAGGGAAAAAAAAGACGGUAUUUUGGAGAAAACUUAGAGGCAGCAUUUAUUUUCAUCUUUCCUUUCCUUUUCCUACUCCUUUCCCCCCUCCUUUCCCUCUCAUCCCCUUUUCCACCACUCUUUAGCAGAACAAUAGGAUAGUUUGAUUUGAUAGGAUUGGAUCCCCCGGAGUGCGUUCUUAUUGUGUCUCCACUUACUCAGUUACUCAUUGCUUAUGUUAUUCAUCGGGCUGGUCGGCGGUUAAGUUGAUUUCUGUUUUGUUCCGCUUGUUUUAGCGGCGGUGGUCCUGAUCGAUUGAUAGCGGGUGUUAUUGUGCAUUUGCAUCGUACACUACAUACCGCUUUUCUUUCCCCUUUUCUUUUCUGAGGAUGCCGCAUUCGAGACAUUAUGACAGGGCCAAAUGAACGGGGGAUAUACAGCACGACAUGGUAGCAUGUUAUUUAGGUUAGGUUAGGUUGAGAUAUGGAAUUGAUAUGAUAUGAUAUGAUAUGAUAA